CUUACCUCUCCUCUCCUCUCCUCUCUAGGCUGCCCCAUCCAAGGUCACCCUACCCCCAAUAUCACCUGGUUCCAUGGUGGCCAGUCAGUUGCCACUGUCACAGGAUUGACACAUCACAUCUUGGCAGCUGGACAGAUUCUCCAGGUUGCCAAUCUAAGCAGCGAGUCUCAGGGGGAAUUCAGCUGCGUCGCCCAGAACGAGGCAGGCGUGCUCGUGCAGAAGGCCUCUCUUAUCAUCCAAGAUUACUGGUGGUCUGUGGACAGACUGGCAACCUGCUCCGCCUCCUGUGGGAACAGGGGCGUUCAGCAGCCCCGCCUGCGGUGUCUCCUGAACAGCACAGAGGUCAACCCCGCUCACUGCGCAGGGAAGGUCCGCCCUGCCGUGCAUCCCGUCCCCUGCAACCGGAGAGACUGCCCUUCCCGGUGGAUGGUGACCUCCUGGUCCGCCUGUACCCGCAGCUGUGGGGGAGGCAUCCAGACCCGCCGGGUGACCUGCCAGAAGCUGAAAGCCUCUGGGAUCUCCACUCCCGUGUCCAAUGACAUGUGCACACAGCUUGCCAAGAGGCCGGUGGACACCCAGGCCUGUAACCAGCAGCUCUGUGUGGAGUGGGCCUUCUCCAGCUGGGGCCAGGUGAGAGGAAUGUAUCUGACAGGUAAUCUCAGGGUGCUGACCCUGCAACAGUAGGAGGUGCCUCGUAUG